AUGGUUCGUCUACCCGGGGCCACUUCAACGAUCAAUCUUUAUGAAAGCCACCAGGCAUUUACAAUGCCAGCCCUUUGCAGAGUAGUUUUAGGCAUCAACGUCUUUGAUCCAAAGUUCAACAUUGCCGCCCCAGGGGCUGAACAAGCAGUCUACUUUCCCUGCACAGAGAAAAACAAGCGAUUCACAUCAUUUCAUCCUGCCAUUGAAGAACUACUCUAUGCUAACAAGGAUAACAACGAACACAUAGGAUUUCUGGCAGACAAGAAGAAACCAAUCAUCUUUUCGAUGGCAAGGCUUGACACGGUGAAGAACAUUAUUGGAUUGGUUGAGUGGUAUGGGAAGAACAAAAGGCUUAGGAACUUGGCGAAUCUUGUCGUUGUGGCAGGGUUUUUUGAUCCAUCAAAAUCGAAAGAUAGGGAAGAAAUUGCAGAAAUAAAUAAAAUGCAUACUUUGAUUGAAAAAUACCAACUCAAGGGUCAGAUCAGAUGGAUAGCAGCUCAGACUGAUAGGUACCGCAAUGGGGAGCUGUAUCGGUGUAUUGCUGAUACAAAGGGGGCUUUUGUGCAGCCUGCAUUUUAUGAGGCUUUUGGUCUGACAGUUAUUGAAGCUAUGAACUGUGGAUUACCAACUUUUGCGACCAAUCAAGGAGGACCGGCAGAGAUUAUUGUUGAUGGGGUCUCGGGUUUCCAUGUCGAUCCUAACAACGAUGAUGAAUCGAGCAACAAGGUUGCUGAUUUCUUUGAGAAGUGUAAGGUGGAUGCUGAGUAUUGGAACAAGGAGGAAGCAAUUACCUGUGUUCUCUUUCUCUCUCUAUCUAUGCAUUUGAUUUCAAAGUAUGUGUAUAAUUGUUGA